GAUAUUAUCAAGAAUAAUUAUGGCUGCGCUGGAACAAGAUCAAGAACUGAAACUCGGUUCAUGAAGUGUGUCAGAAUCGACAUCAACUGUGCCUAAGUAUUGCCUACACUUAAUCGCGUUUGUGUAUCUGAAACUGAAUUCAUGGCCAAGCUCGUUCUGUGAUGGGAUCGACAGUACGUGUGCCGUAGCGUCAUGGCUUAUGUACUUGUAACAGUUGCAUCUAAAAAUGGUCUAUUUGUUCUCUUUCUCACUACCACUAACUUACUGGGACUAAGUGUAAGAAGAGGUGGUCUAUGGCUAUAUCUUUUGAUGCCUAGAGCUAGAUGUAAGCAGGGGAGCGCUUACAGAUUUCCUCACCAUGAUAAUCAGGCCACUUUUCAAAAGCGCUCCCUUUUUCUAAAAGACUAUCAAUGCGGAGACGUUUAUGCCCGCUGUUGCCGACGCAAUUUGUUUUCUGCGCGACCUGCUCACGAAGCACACCCAUGUUUUUCUGCACGAGUGGGAAGUUACUUCGGAGUUCAUUCCGAUUCCCCUCACCAAUUUACGUCGGUGGUGAUCCUCUUUCUACAAUCUCAAAUCAAAAGUUUAUAGAAUUUAUUGGAGUCGCAAUCUGAGGACAAGCGAUAUCCAACGCGGGGAAUUCAACUACGGGGGGAACAUACAAUACAGGAAAAUUGCCGACAUAUCAGAUAAAAAGCCUACAUUCUCGCAUGGUGGCGUUGCCUUCCUGCUCUAACGCUGCCACCAGAUGAUGCUGCUCCUGACAGCUGUAGUUUAAGGGCCCUCCCUCUUGCAAGUUGGUCAGUCUUUAGAUAUUAUUUGGAGUAGUGUGGAUAUGUGCAUGUGGAAAGACCAUGGAAUAAUUAUCAUUUUUCGGGGAUCAUGGAAUGCUUGCAAUUUUUCCAUUUUCUCUGCUUGUUUUUAAAGUGGUGCGAUAUCCUGGCUAGCCUCCCAAGCCUUCUAGGCUUGCUGGCCGGGGCUUCUAAUCUAGCAAGCCCCGGCACCCUUUUGCUUCUGAGUAGGCUAACAAGCUGCCCAGAGCUUCCGAGUUGACUGGCGAGCGCUUCUCCUGAGUGCUGGAGGCGCAAACUUUUGCCAAGGCUCUUGAGAUUGAUAGCCGACCAAGGCUUCACGACCAGCUGCCUUCCCAAGGUUUCUGAGCUAGCUGGCCAAAGCUUCUGAGCUAGCCGCGCAGAGCUUCGCUCUGCUCUGUUAGCUGGCCGAGGCUUCCAGGCUAGCUGGCUCAGGCGCUUCGGAGCUAGCUGGCCAAGGCUUCGGAGUCAGCUGGCCAUCGCAUUCGCCGGCGCUGGCUUCUAUCAUCUAAGUAAGCUAGCCAGCUGGCCAGGGCUUGCUACUGCUCCCAAGCGAGUGAGCUGGCGGGAUUUUGGUUGGCUUUAAGCUCACUGCUGGCGCGUAUGAUUUUGCGAAAGAAAAGGCGCCAGCCUUUGCACGUUUAUUGAAUUUUUUAACGGUGAGAGCACGUAGCCCACUGGCUAGCUAAUGCGAAUCAGCUAAGGGGCUACCCUUGGAGGGGCCGCUGAGGGGCUCGGCGUUCGUGCGUGGUCUGUUCUUUUUGGAGGCUGAAGGGCGGGGUGUGCGGGGGAACCAUGCUCACGGCGAUCGGGGGAUCGCUUGGCCCUUGGGGUCGCCUCAUUUUGUUAACGGAAGAGCGGGCAGCGCCAGGCCCAUCUGAGCCCCCUCCAAAGGGGUCCCAAACAACGGGGACGCCCCCUUGGCUUUGUCCAGAUUUGCGCUGGUCUUCUGUAGAAUUUAUUAGGGAUAGCCCCUCGCUUUUUUUAGAUCAUAUAUGAAGCCACAACGAAGCGGCCCCUUUCCUCUUCCUAAUCUUCUGGCUUUCAUUGUGGCCAAAGUUUGGGCCCUUUCUAGACCGACUCCAGAGCCCCUGAUGAAUUAGGGGGAGGCAGUGCAGGAGGGUAAGAGAAAGCGAAACGGGCUCCCCUCGCGCUCGCCUCCUUGGGUUCCCACGGAGAGGCGGCGACCGCAGGUCUGGCCCCUCUCUGCGGGGUCGAGUAGGGGCAGCUUUGUAUCUUAAGGGGGGCGCCCCUCUUAGGUAAAACGGUUGCGGGGGUGAGAUGGCACCCCGCCCCACCCGAUCGGUGGGCUUGCGUCAUCAUCGUCAUCGACUCCAGCGCCCAAACUCGACCCAGAUAGCCACGGACUGGCUCGCAAAUGGUCAGCGCGGCGGCCUUCCAUUUGGCUGGAUUUGUAGCCGCCGGAUUCUGUGCGGCCAGCAUUCUUUCAAGGGAGCACCCCCUCGCUGUAGGGUCGCGAUUGGCGCUGGCCUCUAUAGAGGCCUACGGGGAAGCCCAUGCGGGGCGGUGUUUUGCCCUUAUCUGUUUCCCUGACCCUCUCGUCUUGGCCUCCUUCCUUGGCCUCUUGUCUGUGGGGUCUCCACGGGCUCCAUAGGUAUAAAGAGUGGCCCCGGCCUUAGGCCUCCUAUCCUGCUUAGUUAGAUAGCCAAUUACACUACUGACCAAUGCCCGCGAGCUUCCUAAAAAAAUAGAAAGUUGGAAGUUUUUGGAAAGGCGCGCUUGAUGCUCGCCGUCGAUGGCUUUUUGGCUGGUGGCUGUGGCUCCCGGCUUAGGCACCCAGAGGCUUUAAGCUAGCAAGCUGGUUGCCUCUGGCUUUUAAGCUAGUUGGCGAGGGCUUCUGGGCCAGGUGGGGGUCCAGUUUCUCGGCUCUCUUGCGAUGCUGUCCGGGCUCAUUGGCUUUGGCUUCUGGGCUAGCUGGCUAGGGCUUCCGCUCUACGCUGGCUGGCUACUUGUCUAUGCUGAUUGGCUGCGUGGCUGACAUGCGUUGGCGUUUCUUUUGCUGUUGGUUCUUAUCUGCCUGCUUUUCAAACCCGGGGACUGGCGGGCCCCUUUUGGGGCCCGCGUACGGGGCGCGCGUGCAUAGUCAUACACAUAGGCCUAGAAGGUGAGGCCUUUCACUCAGUACGCCCAACUAUGUGCUCGGAGAUAUUCGCACUUAAAUCGCCAGCAAUUAUUUUUUAAGGCCAAGACUUCGGCUUGUCCUCGUGGAGACCUCCUUAAGGAGCUUCUGCAAGGAGACUGCAUUCCUUAAAGAAUUUCGAUUAUAGAAAUCCACUAUAGGGCUCCCUUAAGGGCAAAAAAUGACCCUGAGGGUCCCCUGUAACAAAAUUGGGCUAAGAAUAUAGGAAGGCCCUCUUUAUUGAUGAAGCAAGUGCCACCUCUUUCUUAAGGGCCUCCGCUUGCUAGCUUAGUCAUGGCUAGGUAGCUCGCUGCUUAGCCGUAGCUAGCUAAGCUUGCUAGCAUAGCAAUAGGAUAGCUUGCCUGUUGGCUUAGCAGUGGCUAGCUAGCUUGCUAGGCUAGCCCUAGCUAGCUUGCUAGCUGCUUAGCCAUGGCUAGCUUGCUCGCUAUUUCGCCAUAGCUAGGAGGCUCUCUAGCGGCUUAGCCGUAGCUAGCCUGCUAGCUGCUCGGCCUUAGCCAGCUUGCUAGCUGCUUGGCCAUAGCUUAUUCAACUGGAUUGCUACUGGCUGACUAACCAUAGCGGGAGCGCGAGCUGCUUGGCCAUAGCUAGCUUGCUAACAGCUUAGCUCUGUCUAGCUUUCUAGCUGUUUCGCCAUUGCCAGCGCGCUAGCUGCGUAGCCGUUACAAGCCUGCUAGGUUAGCACAUUAGCCUGCAGGCGCGCUGGCUUCGGCUUGGCGCUAGCUUAAGUAGCCAUUGCCAGCUUGCUAGGCGAGCCAUGACUGCCUUGCCAGCUUAGCCCCGCGUAGCUACGUAGCUUGUUUCCGUAGUCAUGACCAGCUUGCUACCUAGCAGCCUCGCCAAGGCUAACCUGCUAGCCGUAGCCACUCCAGCUCGGUAGCUUCGCAAAAGCUAGCCAGCUGACUUUGCAAUGGCCAGCGCAGGGGGCCCAUAAUGGGCCCGCUUUCUGGGCAUGCACUAGAUAGGCCAAAUCAUGGAAAUGGGGGAAAACUAAACCCAAAGCCCUAAGCAAGAGUCGCAGUGAAUGCAAAGUCAUUCGCCUGGGCGCCGAACUUGUUUUCGCCUUCGAUCAAGAGUUUCACAGCUUAUGACGUGUUUCAACAUGAUGGCUACACACUAGAGAGUGUAGAACGUUCCCAGAAAUAUGGUUUGGAAUUUAUAUCUUAGGUUCGUACUAGCGUCAUGGGCUAGUAGAACAUUGAGAAGGCCUGCACACUUCUAGAAAUAUAAGAGGCAUGAGUGUCGUUCUCGUAAUUGGAAUCGCUUACAUUUGACAGACUGGGCAUUUUUUCAUAACUGGAGCAAGAAUCUACUUUGGCCAUGAUCGUUCUAUACUCAGACUGCUUAGCUAUAGGUCUAAUCGUUGUAGAAAAAUGUGAAUAGAUCUAAUACCAUCAUACGAGGAAGUUAGUCAGUAGAUUAGUAACGACUAACGGGGAAUAGCCCCCUAGCAGGCUAUCACUUCUCAGCCCCCUUCCUUUCUAUUAGCGAGACGCUUCGGUCUCGUCUUUCUUCCUCUCGUGUUGUAGCCGUGUGCUCUUGGGUCUUUUUCUCUCCAGCGACGCUUCACCCGCGUAAUCGACGUGGCUGGGGGGUUCAGGUUAAAAGCUGCGCGCUACGUACUCCACUAGAGUAGGCGACCUGCAAGCUGUGUCCCCCAUUUCCAACGCCCCAUCUCAAGGGAGCCCCCGUAGCGGGGUGCGCGGCUAGGUUCGCUCCCCUCUACUUGUAUAAAUCUUCAUAGUUCGCCUUUUCUUCCAAGAGAAAUAAUUGCUCACUUUCUCGCCAUGCGAACUCCGAUACAGGUUUCUUUCGAUUUCCAAUGAGCCCCAACGAUGAGAAGGCCUUCCGCCUUACUACUUAAUGGCGCUACUGCUGGAACAUCCAGCAAAACAGUAAGCGAGUGAAGGGCACAGCAGUAACUGUUGCCAAUUCUAGCCCUGUUGGGCAGAAUGGUAAUGGAUAGGCCAACAGCGUGAAACUGCUCAAGGAUCUCAGUCAAGAGGUCCACCAAGAUCGUCAACCAAAUGGCUACAGGGUCAGAAUCACACCAAUAGGAAGACCAACACGAUCACACCAAGGGGAUCGCCAUCAGGGUGAUCACCAUAGGAGUGGAAUACUAUCGGGAUCGAGAACAUCAGCGCCGAGGCCCCUAGCGUAGCAAGUAGCUUGAUACCAUACCCAUAGACAUGAACGGGCACACUUUGAAACUGCACGAGAAUCAUUAAACUGAAUGGACUUGCUCCAGCCUUCGCAGGUAUAGCGAGGGGGGUACUGUUUACAACUUGACUCCCCUGCGGGUCUAGUUUUCUAGGUUUUCAGUGUUCUAACGUUCUAGCUAUACCUUAGAGGCCAUCGGGUCAGCUUCAAUCUUUUCUAUAGCCUCACCAGUUUGCAUCUGCGUCGCCUGAAUAAUUAAGCUCUUCGCCGUUCUUCUGUAGAUUCAAAAUGGGCGCCGAAGGCAAGAGCACCUCUCGCCUCGAGGAAUUCUCGGGCAGUAGCAAAGACUUGCCUUGCUUCUGAGAUUGGCUCGACAAGGUCUAUCCUCUGCUGGAAGAAGCAAGCACGGGCGCCCACCUUAAGGACAUUCUGGAAAAGAAAGAGAAGGCGGAGGAGGUGCCUGCACUCGAUGCAGUACAGCUAGGCCGCUGGUAAGCAUCUAAAGAAGGUGAAGGCUGUUGUAGCUUUGAACGCUCUCCCGGGUGACUCGCCGGCUUUGGCUGUGGCUAGAAUGGCCUCUCCUCAGCGCGUCCCUUCGCUCUUGGCUUCCUUGUGUCAAUAGUACGCAAGUCAAGAAACCAGCGCUCGUUUCUCCGGGUGCAAGCAGAUGGUGGAUCUUCAGCCUUCGGGUAUGGGUGUCAUCAGCCGGAUCGAAGGAAAAGAGGCCGUAAUGGCUGAAACUCUGCAGAAUAAAACUGACGCGAGAGAGCUCUUGGCCGCGUGCGUCUUCAUUGGCGCCGAUAAGAAGUCCGAUGUAGUAUCAUCUUCCAUGUUGGCACGCCAAGGGGCGCCACUUGAUGUCGCCCAGCCUUCUUUGCGCGAGUUCGCGGCUCUGCAGGACCUCAAAGAAAGGAGGCGAACACGAGCAGGACGCUGCUGCGCGUGCAGUAGUAAGCCUGAAGAAACAGGCCCAACCCUUGAGGGAUAAACUUGCCCACAAGGGUAAAGGAAAAGGAAAGGGCAAAGACCCGCACAAGAGAAAGGCGAAGAAGGAUGGGGAGUGGCGCCCGCACUGCAACAAGCCUGGGCAUCUUGAAUCUGGGCGCUGGGCAAAAGAUCCAGGCAAAGCUCUCAAGAGCUUGCGGGACAAACUAAGCAAGAAGAAAGCUGACGGCAAUCCGGUCAUUGUCGGCGAUGGUGACUCCGUUCAGGCCGGAGACCAUCAGGAAGGCGCUGACAUGGCUCCCAAAGCUGAAGAACAAAGCGAAGACCCUACCAAGAUUCAAGAGCUCAGCCGGAGUGCGUUCGUGCUUGUUCUCCGGGUGACUUGGCUCACAUGGGGCCCAAGUGUGAGGAGACCGAGAAGAUGCGCGCGAAGGUUCUGAAGGAGGUGGAGCUUUACAACAAAGAGAAGGAGAAUGAGAAUGAGGGUUACUUUCUUACUUCCCAACGAUAACGAAGAAAAAGAAGACAAAUCCUCGAUGAUGGAUACUACCGGAGGCGUCGAGAUGUCGGCCCCUGCUGAACCUACUUUGUAUUGGUGUUCUUCUGUGACUGGUGCUGAGGUAUUUGCCGCGGGCGUGCUGGGUCAUGCGUCAAAUUUUCAGCCUAUUGGGCAUGUGUUCAACGGGCAACACACAGCAAACCAGAGCGACAGAACAAGAAAAGGAGGAGGCAGGUGAUUAGUCGUCGGCUUCCGAGUCGUAUGGUCGGGCUUUGGAUGAGUGCCAAUCGGUCCCAUGUGUUGUGAGUCGGUUGGCGGCACCGGCACAAGCCCAAGACAACAAAGGCCACCGGCCUCACGUGAGUCGGUAAGGACAAGGUCGGACCUGUACACGGGUACGAGUUAACGUAGUUCAUCUUCGUCGGCCACGGUAGGUUCGGCCAAAAGUAGGAGCUGGAGGAACAGCUUCGGGGCGCACGCUAGUCCUGCAUUUGUAGGUGGGCAAGCGCGAACGACGCUGCGCCAUAAGCAAGCCUUCGGGAGGGGGGCCGGCAGUCCAAGUGGAUUGCUGACUCAGGGGCAUCCCAUCACAUGACGGGCGACAGAUCUUCGCUCAAGAAGUUCACAGGUGUGACGCUUCCACUGAGCACAGCCGGCGGCCCUUGUAAGACAAAGGCCUGAGCUGGGUACUUUGAAGCUAGUCGCUUACUGUUUGGCGAUGGGGCUUCAUCGUCCUGAUUUGCGUCGGCAGCUCCUCUCCGUGGAAGAGCUAACGCAAGCGGGCGGCGAGCUUCGUUACGCAAAGAACUCGCGGACUGUCUACGAUCCUUCGGGUGAAGGGCGCGCUGGCUGCUGAGCUUCAGAGCGGAGCGCUGGCGGCAGCUGUUUUAUUUGAAACAGAAGCGCCAGCGCGCAGCUCAUUUAUCUCCAGUGUGUCAAACCCACAAAACAAGCUAAGACUGCGGCAGAGGUUAGCGCGCUUCAACGUCUGGGGCCAAGUGGUUCCUUGUCCGGAUUGUGCUAAGGGUGAAGCGUGUGGCCAAGUGUCUUACAAGAAGCAGCGGGGCCCGAGUUACAUGGUUGAGAACUGGCAUGACCAGGCCGAUUGUGACUUCAUGGGGCCGCUGCCAGCGAGUCACUUAGGUAAAGAGUACGCUUUUGCCUUGAUAGACUCUCACGCAUACGGAUUUGGUUGAAGUGUGUGCCAUAUCGCAAAAGUCUGACUGUGGUGCAGCUCUAAAGCAAUACUGCCGUGAGAUGGGCAGUAAGCCCAAAAGGGUUCGCGCUAUCACUAAUGACGAGCCUACACUGAAAGGGCCUGGCAGUAAAUGGAGACUGACACGGGCGGGAUUGGGCAUCCAGGUCCACCUUACGCAUUCACUUCCCUACGAACCUCAACAGAAUGGCAAAGUCGAAAGCUGGACGCGCACGAUGGCAGACGCCACCCGGGUGAAUAUCCAAGGCGUAGGCCCAGCCGUCUGGGACUGGUGCGCGCGCUGCGUUGCGUACGUGUUUAACCGUCUACAGAGGAGGAAAGACAAGCCAGGCGCGCCUAUCGGCAAAGGUUCAACAAACAGGCGCCCCUUAAGCACCUAAGGGGGCGUGGCUGCAUGUGCUACGCCAAAAUCCAUGCGCAGCUAAGAAAGCUGGUGGACAGAUCUGAAGAGGGGACCUCUCUCGGAUAUUCUAGAGAGAUUCCCGCUUUUCUUGUAGGUGUAUGGCACAAAGGCGCCAACGGUGCGGAAAAGCUUGAGGCCAUCGAGAGUGCUUCUGUGAAGUUCGUGGAAGAUUGUCUCACUGAUGAGGUAGAUUCUCUUAGGGCUGAUGGCGGCCCGUUGCUUAUGUAUGAAGCGGAGACUGCGUAUAGCUGAUCCGGCCGAUGUUGUAAGGAGGAGUCGCGACCUCUGUGCAGCACUCGGAGGGGGCGGCGAGGGUGAGCGGUCGCAAACUUCAGAGGGGGCGGAUAGCCUGGAGGCCAAGAGAAGGAAAACGGAGAACCCAUCAGGCGCAGAUGGCUCUUCAGGAAACAAAGCGGCUGACUUUGAUGCUGGCAAAAGCACAGCGAAACCAAACAGACAGUCCCUGGCGCUCAGCCGACAGAUUGAUGGAAGCCCAUCGUCGUCUUCAUCAGCUGACGGCCAGCCACCGGCGGCGGGACCGAUCAACCAGCACAGCAGCCGAAUCCAAAUGGGUCGACUGAGUCUCCUGCCGAAAGAGGCAAAACAGAGAAAGAAGUGGAACGCUUAGGAGCGGGGCAACUUGAUUCAAGUAGGUAGGUUCCACGCGUGGGGCAAGGUCCUAGGCGACGCGCAACAGCCUCAGGGAGGUCCUGCGACGGAUUCCCCAGAUUGUUCGCAUCUAAUAGAUGACGACCCGAAUCCCUUCAAGAUGGUCAACCGUGGCGGAACGGUGACCAAAGUACGGCUUAGGUGGGGCCGUCCUACGGGCUUGACAAAAGAACAGUGCCCGCACUGGGCAGCCAGUGGCUGAAAGGAGAAAAAGAGAAAAGGAAUGCAGCAAGAACCUCCGCGGGAUGACAUAGUAAGCAGAAGCUAACGCCGCGAGUGCGUUUACAGCUUUUGGAGGUCCUAUGUUUAUGCUGGAUCUUGAGGAAAAGGAAGUGGCAACGUCCUCUGCUCUUACUGCUCAGGUCACUCGUGCAGAAGCCAUGAAGGGCCCUGACUCUGUGAAAUUCGUGGAGGCUGACAACCUUGAAAAGCUGCAGCUAGAAAGCUGUAACGUUUGGCGCGCUCUCCAUGGUGGUGAACUCAAGGACGACGAUGAGACUGCCCCGCGUGUUGUCAUAUACACAAAGGAGCGACGUGGUAGAUACAAGGCUCGCCGCGUUGCUUAGCUUUAGGCAAUAGGUAGACGGAAGCUAGUAAGGCUGAGAGCUUCUCGCCAACAAUCUCGCGCGCGGCUAACAGGGUGCUGCUAGGUGAUGCUGCUGCCAAUGGCAAAGCCUUGGGCCAGUUUGACAUCUCUAACGCAUUCGUUAGAGGCGAGCUGGGGGAUGAUGAGCGUGUGCUCAUUAGACUCGGAGAGCAUUGGUCAGCGGACCCGCGUGGGGACGUUGUGAGACUAUUGGAGAGCCUUCACGGACUGAAGGCAGCACCUAGGAAGUGGCGCGAUUGCUACUCUAGCUGCCUACUGAAAACAGGUUGGGAAAGGUGUCCCAAUGAGCCUGGUCGCAAGGGUGUAAGUAUCGCCACCUAUUUUGAUGACUCCCUAGCUAGCGCCAACACACCGGAGGAAGUGGACAAAGUGACCAGGGAAAUCCUGGCGCACUUCGAUGGUAGAGCAAUUGACGCUGAAAGGCUUGCAGACAAGAGAGCCCACGCCCGUGAUAUCUUGGGGGUGUGACUGUCGUACGCCAGAGGGUCGAAGGAUGGAGAUGGAACUCGACUCAGGUCAGUCCAUCAAGAAGCUAGCCGAGAGGUUCAAGGUAGAACCAACCAGGUAGGGCUAUUCAGUCGCCUGGUGUUUAGGGCGAUCUUACUGAAUGCGCAGAAGAUUCAAACUCCCCACUGAGAAGUCUCACUCGUCGGAGGUUUGUAAUGCAAUGACUGCCACACAAGCAAGACCAGACUGCUCAUUUGCGGUGAACCGCGUUGCGAGGCAUGUCACGACUCUGACUUCGGCACUCGUAACAGCUCCAAGACGUGUUCUGCGGUACAUGCUGCAAGCAGCGUCUUGCGGGGUUGAGUACAGUCCAACCCGGGAGAAGGAAUUCUUCCAGACCUAUGAGAAAGUCCGCAAGAGUCACAAGAAGUCUGACUCGCGAGACUUUGUGGCGUUUUCUGAUGCAGAUUGAUUAUGCGGGGCGCACAGUCACACUGUGUAGCUGCUCGGGUAGUAUGCUCUACUAUAGGGGUGCUCCAGUUGCUUGGAGCUCUCGGAGGCAAUCCAUUAGAGCAGCUAGCACUUGCGGGAGUGAGUGCGUGGCACUGUUCGACACGCUCCAACUUGUGAAGUCUCGAGGCUUCAUGGGGUAGCAUGCGUCCAGCGCUAUGCUGCCACAAAUUUUCUGUGGCAAUCCGUCUGCUAUCGUGGUGGCUGGCAGGGACCUCCCUACCAACCAAGAAAGCGGAGCAUUUCCAAAUGCGUUCUCACGCGGUGAAGGAUCACGCAGAGGGCAUCUGCUACUGCCGACUCAUUUGAAUCGAGCUGAUCCGCUUACCAAACCAAUCGGGAAAUCCUUGACGGUGUUCCAGACACCGCCUGGCACUUCGCUCAGCGACAAGAAGCGCGACGCGCGUGCGUUGUAUUGCUGCACCGCUUGAGGGCGAGCGUGGGGUAAGUAUCAAGGCCAUGGGGGACUGCGGGAACCUAUGGAGAGCGGUGCUUUCUUCCCAUGCCAUGCGCCGCGUCAUCGGUAGCGUUGGAGCCCUGAGCUUCGAGGAAUUAUUAUUCAAAAACAUUCUCAAAAAAUUUGCAAUCGUUUGGCGCUGUGGGUUGCUUGUGUGGGUAUCUCUUCGGCAGGUUUGGGCGGGUAUUUCUGCAGGAGCUCAGGCGCUUGCUUGGUGGCGUGGUUGUCUGCUGGGAUGAUCGGAGGCCGCAGGGGGUUGGGGUGGGCCUUUGGAUCGGGGCGGGGUGCUGGUGGUCGAGCUCGGUGGCAGAGAGGUGCGCUAGGGGUUCGUUGGGUUAAGGGCAGUCGGGGCGACAGGUUUAGGGCUUGGCGGUGUCGCUGCUUAGCUUUCUGGCCUCCGGGGGGCUCGCGUGCCCGAUUCUUACCCAAGGGGCCACGCAGGGGUCUGCGGGGUGCCUUCGUGGGCACCUCGGUGGGCCCUUUUUUAGCAAAGUGAAUUAUUCUGGAAUAAUAUAGCCGCAUAAGAUGGCAAAAAAUAAAUUAUUCUAGAAUUUUCUAGGAAUUUUCUAGAAAUUUUCUAGAAAUAAUUUACUUUGGCUAUGAAAGUAAUUUCUUCGGAAAUUAUUUCCGUUCUUGGGUCCACAGGGGUGGACGGGAGUGAGGGGGGGCGCGGUGGUCUCGAGGUGUGGGCCUUUUUGUCUUUCCCCCCGUGGGGCCCCGGCAGAUGGCUGGAGGGCAAGUGCUAGCUGAUUGAUUGCAGGUUCUGAGGCAGGCGCUCGGCUUGUGUUCGGGUCGUGGAUUGCUCAGGGGUUCGCCGUUUCGGCAUUGUCUCCGUCUCUGGGUGCCUCUAGGUGUGUGAGUCUUCUGGGGUGGUUGGUUGUGCAUUCGGCUGGGCUUGGGUCUUGGGUUUUCAAAUUUUUGCGGAAGUUUUCGAAAGUUGUAACUACCAGCGGCCCCGGGCUCCAAGUAGCGCACUGGGGGCGGGCAGCUAGGUGCCUGCGGGGGUUUUUGUCCGUACGUAGUGGGAUCUGCAUUGAUUUCCAAUCGGGUGGCGUCUCAGGUGACCGUAGCCAUUUCUCAUAGUGAGCGACUGUCGUCUUUCUGGUGUUGGCUUUGGGCUGGUUGACUGUCGUUGUCGUUUCUGACUCGGUGUUCUCUAUGCAGUGGCAGGGCGAGGGCAUAGGCUUUCAUCGUUGUCACUGAGAGGGGGAAUGUUAGGCAGAGUAAUUUGAUAGGGGAUAGAUCAACAACGUGAAACGGCUCAACAGUCAAGAGGCCCACCAAGAUCGUGAACCAAAUGGCAAAUGGUUACAGGGUCAGAAUCACACCAGUAGGAAGGCCAACACGAUCACACCAAGGGGAUCACCAUCAGGAUGAUCGCCAUGGGAGUGGAAUACUAUCGGGAUCGAGAACGUCAGCACUGAGGCCCCUAGCGUAGCAAGUAGCUUGAUACUCAUAGACAUGAACUGGCACACUUUGAAACUGCAUGAGAAUCACCAAACUGAAUGGACUUGCUCCAACCUUCGCAGGUAUGGCGAGGGGGAUACUGUUUCCGACUUGACUCCCCUGCGGGUCUAGUUUUCUGGGUUUUCAGUGUUCUAACAAGCCCCGCGACGUGGUUCCCCAGGGGAAGGGUGCCACGCGAUGGGAACGAGCCCGAGACACUUGCUAGACAGAGCACACACGUGGACAGCCUUCAGCAGGCGCCAGACUUGGGAAGAAGCUGCAGAAAUGUCCUCACUGUGCAGGAGCAGGAUUGUCGACAACUGAAGCACUCCGCUGGACUCGAAUAGCAGUGCGGCGUGAUCUUGUGUGGGUGCAUUACGCCGGAAAGGGGUGGGGACGCCUGCGGGCUUAUCUUCAGGCGGAAGACAUAAGGAGGCGCAUGCCCCCCGGGGCAGGUUCGUCCACCAGGGUCUGACGCUUUGAGAGGCCACGCGGGUUCUUUGGGGUUCAAUGCUGUAAGCUUUUGCCUGUCUGUGAUUCGUGGUGAGUGAAAGCGGGCGCUUUGGCUUUUCUAGUGCAUGUCUUAGCGCUCAGAACUCACGUCCGAAAUUUCAAAGCUCACGCACGCCUUAACGCUCAAGGCCCACCCUGACUGUAUAGCCUUCAAAAUCCACGCUGAAACUUUCGAAGUUCGGGGCUUGGGUGACUUCUCUCCAAAAUUCAAGGCUUAACCCUCAGAACUCAACAGCAAUCCUUACCGCCCAGAGCCCCCGGCUUAAGUUUCAAAGUUAUACACUCUUGGCCCAGCUAGCUAUCAGAGCUCACGGCCUAUCUAACUUUCCAACUUCACGCCCGAGCUUUGCCUUCAGGAUUCACUUCCUAACUCGCUCCCAAAGUUCACGACAUAGCUUCCGAAGCUCGUGCGCAGCUUUCUUUCGCUAUUCAUGUCCUGGCCUUCAGUAUUCAUUCUCUGAGCCUCAGGCUUCAGCCUUUUAGUUUCAGACUUCAGUUCACGUCUUAGCUUUCAGAGCUCAUGUCUGAAGUUUCAGAGCUCGCGCCUUUUUGCGGGGAAUGUGUUGCGGCUUGUGGGCUUGAAAGAUGUGAGAGAACAAGAGAGACCGGCGGCAGCGGCUGCGACGUCGCUGCACUUGUCGCGUCGAAUGGCUCAGAAAUAUCCCUCAAACAUCCCGGCUUCUCGCUUCGCGGGGUCCGGAUGAGCGCCGCGGGGACGCGGUGGCGCGGCGCGUCCCGUGAGCACAAACAAAGGCGGCGCGCUGCCCUCAAGGUUCAGGGCAGCGCUGGCGCAGUGCUGCGCCAGUUUGCGCAGUAGCGGGCUGCGCCUGCUCUGUUCUGGCUUGCACUGCGUCGCGCUGCACUGCGUUGCUUGGUGCGUGCAAUGCUGCGCCGCUCUUGUGCACCCCAGUAAACUCGCUAGCAAUCGGAGGCGCCCGGCGUCGCGCUGGGUGCAGAAUUCGGAAGGCUUGGCACAUCUGGGUCGCCCAGCGACCCAGUGUGCCCAGCGUGCCCAGCCCCACCACGUUGGCAGCCUCCCUCAUAUUAGACGGGUUUCGGGUUUGCUCGAGUUGCAGCGGGUUGCUCGGGUUGCUGAAGCGCAGGGGUUCCAAAUCUGGAACGGGUUGCCACGGGUUGCCAGGAGAGCCGUGGCUGGCCCAGCAAAAUGGGGUGAAGCUGGGCGGUAUGAAGGUAGGAGCAUCUGCACGCUCGAAGUGAAGAAAUGAAGAAGAGCGCAGCUCUUGCUUUUUGUUGUUGCUCAUGAAAGGGGGAGCCACGUGUGAGGGGCUCUGCAGCCUUUCAGGCUCUUGCUUUGUAGCGUGCGGGCGCGUGUUUGAAGCGAAAACAAGGAGCGCCGGCCCCUGCUCUCUGUUGUUUUUUUGAGGUGGGUGCCGCUGUGGUCGGUACGUGUGUCGUCUUCGAGUCGUUGGCGAUCUCUCCCUUUUUUCUUCGGGUGUGAGCGUGGCCAAUCAAUCUACUUGGGGGCUGAGAGCGAGUCUCCGUCCGCUGGCUUCGACGGGCGGCGUGUCCAGUCUUGGGUAUAGCAGUAAGUAGGCUGGAGGAGGUUGCUAAAUUGAAAUGGAUCGGCGCGCUAGAUCUUUAUAUGCGAGCGCAUCGCCAUCAGUAUGCAACUAGAACCACUUAGACGGCGUAAGUAGAUAGGGCGCCGCCGCUAGAUAUCUUACCCAUCUAGGUAGAUGCCACACUACUCAGCUGGGAGGCAGAAUAGGUGGCCGCACUUCCUUGGCAAGAUACAUAGGGCUAGUAAGUUGACUUGGUGGGGCCUUAACUUAAGGGCGCACUAAGAAGAAUGCCAAGGAUCAGAGACGCGGUGCGUGGUGUCGUGCGCUCUUGGUGAGGUCUCUAGUAGGGUCAUAAAUCUGCGCCCGAAGGGCGCCGCGCAAAAGAAUUUGGGUUGGCAACUCGAGCAACCUGAGCAACCCGGCCUGAUGUUGGUCAGGAAAGGCCUAACUCUAUUAAAGGAGUCUGCAGACACUGGGCUACGCUGGGCGGCAGGCUGGGCGGCCUCGCUAGGCAGGCUGGGCGGCAACGCGGGGCGCGCUGGGCUGGGCGGCAACGCUAGGCACGCUGGGCGGGCGCUUGGAUAGCACUUAGCGAACUUGAGGGCCACACAUUGAGCAUGCUGAGCCUGCGCGGUCGAUGGAUUUACUUGCGCCGCGGGGACGCGGUGCAGCGCGUCCCGUGAGGCCAAACAAAGGCGGCGCGCCGCCCGCAAGGUUCAGGGCAGCGCAUUAGCAGGCUGCGCGGCGCCUGCUCUGUUCAGGCUUGCACUGCGUCGCGCUGCUCGGUGCAUGCAAUGGAUUCUGCGCCGCUCCUGUGCACAACGGUAAACUCGCCAGCGUCGUUGGCCUUGGCUUACGCUAGACUAGCACUGCUGGCGGGGUUCUCAAGCGGACGCCUGACGGGCGCCCCGCAAUUGGAGACGCCUGGCGUGACGCUGGGCGCGGAAUGCGGCAGAUCUGGCACAUUUGGGUCGCCCAGCGACCCAGUGUGCCCAGCGUGCCCAGCCCAGCCAUGUUGGGCACCCUUAUAAACUGUUCUAUUAUAUAUUGUUCUAUUUUAUCGAGUAGGGCCUUCGUCUAAUAUCUGCCGCGAAUUUGAAGAGAAUCAGCCGCGUGGUUUCCAUCAUCGGGGCCUUGAGCCGUAUUCCGGGAAAAGCUAUACAAGCUAGGACUCGGGGGCUCGACUAGAUGACGAAUGUGAUUCAUUUCGCCUUGUGUGUGAUGUUGACACGAAGAGCAAUUUCUUGUUUGAUGUUGAUGUCAAGAACAUCACUUUGAGAAACUUAGUUUGUGUCGUGAUGAAGUUGAGCAAGAUGAAAAAGUGAGCAAAUGCUUCGACGUCCUCUAAGUUUCACGUACUCCUGCGCCAAACAUCUUCGGACGACUUAUGCGCUUUAUAAUCGUCUUUGACUCAUCGUGAAACUAAUUAUUAUUGCUCCUGCGACGGGUCACUCGAUCAAAGAGGCGAGCGCAUCACGACUCUGGUCGGCUUACCUAAUUGAUUGGCAAUAUCUUGCCUAGUCUACAACUAGAGAUGUUAUAUUUUUCUACAUGAUCUAUCUCUAUCAUACGUGGGGGAAGGAGACCAGGACGCAUGGUUGGUGUUACUCAUUGAGAGCGAAGAUGUGGGAACGUCGUUCCCAAGUAGAAAGGCCAAGGGGGAACGGAGUUCCCCCGUCGGAAUUCUGGUCAAUGAGUGAGAGCAUUCACAGGGCCGCCACGAGUCUAAAUCUUCCGAACUCCUGG